UAAUUAUUUAUUUUUUUUUCGAAAUCGGAGAGAUCGUAAGGAGAGACAGGUUGUGUUGGCCACCAAGAACGAGGAUCUAAAUUCUAACCAACUUUGUUCGUGUUUCGUGUGUUCUUUUCUUGCUAUGCUUUUCCGAAAGGUGGAUCUCUCAAAUCUAACUCAAUUACCACAUCUCUUUCUAUCUCUCUCUGACAUGGACGAAGUGAUGACGGCUGGUGAUGCGUCGUCGAGCUUCCGAUCUGCAUCAUUUGAGCCGUCCAUCAUCCCCUCCAACCUCCCUCUCCUCUCCGCUUUCCUCGCUUUCUCUCUCGCCCAGUUUCUCAAGCUCUUCACCACCUGGUUCAAGGAGAAGAAAUGGGAUUCAAGAAGGAUGUUUGGAUCAGGUGGAAUGCCCUCAUCACAUUCAGCAACUGUGUCAGCUCUAGCGGUUGCUAUUGGCUUGCAAGAAGGAGCUGGAGGACCAGCAUUUGCUAUUGCAGUGGUCUUGGCAUGUGUUGUAAUGUAUGAUGCUUCUGGAGUAAGACUUCACGCUGGUCGCCAAGCUGAAUUACUAAAUCAAAUUGUGUGUGAGCUACCUCCGGAACACCCUGUCUCUAAUGUUAGACCUCUACGAGAUUCACUCGGUCAUACUCCGCUUCAGGUCGUUGCAGGUGCCAUGUUGGGUUGUAUGGUAGCAUUCCUCAUGAAAAGUUCCAUUUAGCGGGGUUUGAUAUAAUGAAUGGGAGUGCUUAGGCCUUAACAGUGGACAAUGAAAAACUUUUGAUGUCAUUGCAAGUUUUCCUGCAUACAGAAUUGGAAUUGAAAAAGACAAGUUUCAGAACAAUGUAAAUCUACUUGUAAUUGUUUAGGGUCUGAGUUUGAUGUUUGCAAACAUGUCUUCAAACGGCUUAGCUAGAUGUUAAACAUACUUGUCGCAAUUUUUUUAUGACCCACCCACAUCCAUUGUCUUCAUACAAUCAAGGAUCGAUGAUGAGAACCAGCUUCAGAAGAUUGUUCUUUCUUA